CCCCGACAUGUUCGAUCUGAAAAAGAGACACAGCCUGGUCCUGAAGGUGGGGUUGGAGACGGAGUUCAGACGGGUGGCGUUAAGAAGGAGGUCGCGAGGCGCCGUGGAGGACCAGCCCUCAGAGACCGUCAGCAAUGGUGUGGGUGGAUCCUACAGACAAUCUGAGACUGCAUCGGCUCAUCUGAGUCCACAGAGGAGAGACCAAAACCAGGGCUCGCCUUUAGCACCCCAAGUACCCCCUCACCCUGCCCCCUUCCAGUCCCCAGAAAAGGCCUUUGUGCAGGAGAACCUCUCGCCACGAGGCCGCCAUCACUCCAGCGUCUCCUCACUGGUGGCCUCCCAUUGUCCUACUGGUGAAGGAAAACCACCUAGCGGCCAGAGAGCCCAGUUAGCGGUCCUGAUCCAGGUCAUCCCAGCGGAGUCCCUGACCUCCAGGAGUCCUGCAGGGACCAGCCCCGUGAGGACCCCGCUGAGUCCAUCCCUGAGUGGAGGAGCAGAAGGUGGAGGUGCAGGAGGAGGAGGAGGGGCUGAGGGCCAGUCUAACCCCCCCAGCCCGUCAUCAGGAGACGCCGCCCAUAAGCCAGCCAAACGCCGCAGCCCCAGCUUGUGGAAAACCAGGAGCGCCGUCUGGCUCAGGAGGUCCUGGUCGGGCCAGACCCAGUCCGGCUGCGCUAGGAAGGAGGAGCGGGUUCGACCCCGCAGUGCAGCCCUCCAGACCCUCGCCCCCCAGACCCCAGACCCCCGGGACGGACUCAGCCCCCCCGCUGACCCGUCAGAAUGUGCUCCACUAACUCCGUCGGACCCCUCCACCUCCGGGUCUCCGGCCUGCAAGAGAAAGUAUCACACCGAUAGCGAGACCGUCGUGAGUUUCGAGUCGCGAGGUCUCUCCAAAGACCCAAUCCCAGGUCCUGUAGUGACUGGUCCUCUAGCUCGGGGUCCUGGUCCUGUAGGGCCGGGUCCUGGUCCAGUAGCUCUGGGCCCUGUAGCUCUGGGGCCUGUAGCCCUGGGUCCUGGUCCUGUAGGGCCGGGUCCUGGGCUGCGGGUAGGCGCCGGCCCUGAGCUCCUGCACCACAGCGUGGGGGCCCAGGGGCCAGCGGGGGAGGGCUCCGAGGAGGAGCUGAUGGGUCUAGGAGUGGGGACGACUCAUGAGGAUGUUGGUCCACACAUGGACGUGGAAGAUAAGGACCAGAAGGAGUCCAAGAGGAAGAAGAAACUGUACCAGAUCGCGACGGAGCUCCUGAUGACGGAGCGUGCCUACGUCGUUCGCCUCCAUCUCCUGGACCAGGUGUUCUGCUCCGGUCUGUCUGAAGAGGCGUCCAAGGGCUCCUUCCCCUUGGAGGUGGUGAGGAACCUCUUCUCCAACAUCUCCUCCAUCCACUCCUUCCACAGCCAGUUCCUCCUGCCCGACCUGGAGGAGCGCAUGGUGCACUGGUGGGACCGGCCCGCCCUGGGAGACGUCCUCCUGCCCCACGCCCCCUUCCUGAGGAUGUACUCUGAGUACGUGGGGAACUUUGAGGCGGCCAUGGGGCUGCUGAAGGCCUGGAGGGAGCGGUCGGCCGCCUUCAGGAACGUCCUGCUGGAGAUACAGAGUCAGGAGGUGUGUGGGCGGCUGAGCCUGGAGCACCACAUGCUUGAGCCGGUGCAGCGAGUCCCGCGCUAUGAGAUGCUGCUGACGGCCUACCUGACCACACUGCCUCGGGACGACCCAGACCACUCCCCCGCUGAGAAGGCCUUGGAAGCCAUCGCCAUGGCAGCAGGACACUCCAACAGUGCCAUCCACAGGGCUGAAAGUCUAAAGAAGCUACUGGACAUCUUUGAGAUGGUCAGCGAGGAGGAGAUCCUGAGGCCGUCCACAGAGUUCCUGAGGGAGGGACGACUGCUGAAGCUGGCGGCCAGGAACAAGUCUGCUAUGGAGCGAUACCUCUUCCUGUUCAACGACUUCCUGCUGUGCUGCACGCCCCGGCUGGUCCUGGUGGGCCAGCGCUACGGCGCACGCACCCGCAUCGGGGUGGAGGGCAUGACGGUGCAGCGGACCGCCAACCACGAGCACCCCCACAGCUUCCAGGUCUCUGGCAAGGAGAAGACCCUGGAGCUGGAGGCCAGCUCUGAAAAAGAACGAGAUGAAUGGAUUAAGGUUAUCCAAAAAGCUAUUGAUGUUUCCCAUGCGAAGAUUGAAACCUUAAAGCUGGCCUCCAAGGUAUCUUCUCAGACCGAACCGGAGGAGGAGCUGGGCCGGCGGGCGCCGCGGUGGACACGGGACAACGAGGUGAUGGAGUGCAUGAAGUGUCGGGAGGCCUUCAACGCCUUCACCCGCCGACGUCAUCACUGCAGGGCGUGUGGCUGCGUGGUGUGCGGGAAGUGUUCGGACCACAAGGUGGCGCUGGAGUACGACGAGGGGAGGCUGAACAAGGUGUGUGACACCUGCCACGGUGUCCUGUCGGGACAGGACCCCAAGAGACCCCGCCUUCCGGACCCGGUUGGUUCACUCAGCCACUGAUCGAUUUGCGACGAUGUGGCUGCGAACGGGGGACCGUCCAGAGAGCUUCUAGAACACACUCGCCGUCCUGAGAGCUCACAAUGGAAACCUACACAGACAAUCGAGAAACCAUGAAGAAAAACACCAAGAGAUUGUUGUUGGAAUCCUGAAAGUAUUUUUGCACUUUAUUCUUAAUGCCUUUACAGUAAAAUAAAUAAAGUGAUUGAUUUUUAACAA